UUCAGUUUAGUGGGGAUUGGUUCUGUAUUUGGUAAUGGGAGUCCACGGUGCAAUUUAUUCCCCGAUUCAGUGUUGCAGGCUUCUCUCUUUUUUUCCCCACACGGUGUUUAGUUGACCAGUAGUUUGUUCUCAGUUGGAAAUAUGCUUCAUUUUGAUAUCCUGAACGUUUAGAUUAUCCGGAAGUUAAUUUUGGUCCACCUUGCUCCUGGUUUUUGUGCCAGGCUUCUCGAGGAGACAAAUCUGAGCUUUAUUUUGAUGUCCUUACUGUUUAGGUUAUUCGGAAGUUAACUUUGGUCCACAUUGUUACCUGUUUUUGUGAUGAACUCUUCUCUUGAGGAGACAAAUUAUCUGCCAGUAUUAGUAAGCAAAAGUUGCCCACUUUAGUUGGACUGUGCAAAGAAUUACUGUGCCUUUUCACAGAGGAUUUGGAAAUUCUCAGUUAAGCAGUAAGCUAAUUACUUGGUUGUUACAAUUUAGAAGCACAUGUUGUUCUCCUUAUGUGCCAAAUUCAGUUCUUUUCCCCAAACUGAGUAGUUAUAUAUACAUAUGUGAAUUUAGAAGGUUAACUGAUGGUGUCAUAUUCAUAUAGGUUUUCCUUUUUGCUAUUGGUACAUAUGGUGUCCAGAUUGCAGGUUGAUAUGCAAUCGGAUCUCUGGCACUUUGAAUAUCAGAUGGAGGAUGGUGUAUCUACGUAUACUGUGGACGAGGCCCUUGUGUCCAUGGGGUUUGGGAAAUUCCACGCAUUUGUCCUUGCAUACUCCGGGAUGGCUAAAAUCUCUGAAGCAAUGGAGAUGAUGCUUCUGUCAUUUGUUGGGCAAUCGGUUCAAGCUGAAUGGGAGCUUUCUGCACAGGCAGAAAGUCUCAUAACAAGUGUUGUCUUCGUGGGGAUGCUUGUAGGAGCAUAUGCAUGGGGCAUUGUUUCAGAUAACUAUGGAAGAAGGGUUGGGUUCAACUUCACAGCCAUUGUAACUGGGGGGGCUGGUCUUCUUAGCGCUUUUGCUCCAAAUUACUUAUCUUUGAUUGUACUGAGGUUUAUGGUCGGUGUCGGACUGGGUGGUGGACCAGUUCUAGGUUCUUGGUUCCUAGAGUUCAUUCCUGCUCCUAACCGAGGAACUUGGAUGGUUAUGUUCUCAGCAUUUUGGACUGUUGGAACAAUAAUGGAAGCUUCUCUUGCUUGGGCUGUUAUGCCAGCUUUUGGCUGGAGGUGGCUGCUGGCACUUUCAUCAUUGCCAUCAUUUGCUCUACUACUCUUCUACCCAGUGACACUGGAGUCACCAAGAUACCUAUGCAUGAAGGGUAGAAUAGCCGAAGCAGUUCAUGUUUUGGAAACAAUGGCGCGAGUGAACCGUGUUCCUCUCCCCUCUGGUCGACUUGUCUCUGGCCAUCGGACAGAGCUUCAUGAGAUUGGGGAUUCCUCAGAAACGGCACAAUUGGUAACAACUAAGAAAAAUAAUACUGGUGAUCUUGCUACCAAAUCUGAGAUUGGAGGCCUCAAUGCCAUCUUGAAGCUUCUAUCUCCAAACUUAAUCAGAUCAAGUCUUCUACUUUGGACAGUUUUUCUUGGCCAUGCAUUCUUGUAUUAUGGUCUUGUUCUGCUAACAUCAGAACUGAAUCAUGGAAAUAGGAUUUGUGGAUCAGAAGAGGGAGCAGAAGUGACCACAGCAGCCCACAUAAAUGAUGAAAAUCUCUAUAGAAAUGUAUUCAUCACCAGCUUUGGAGAGGUCCCUGGCCUCCUCCUAUCUGCUGCCAUUGUGGACAAGAUCGGGCGCAAGCUCUCGAUGUCUUCCAUGCUUUACAUCAGUUGCCUGUGCAUAGCUCCACUUAUGUUCGCUAAGACAGAAGCUCUUACAACCGUCUUUUUAUUCGGCGCGCGGGUUUGCAUCUCAGCAAGCUUCACUGUUUUGCACAUCUAUGCCCCUGAGAUUUACCCUACUGCAGUCAGGGCCACUGGUGUCGGUUUUGCGAGCUCAAUUGCUCGCUUCGGUGGGAUCUUGUGCCCCCUUGUGGCCGUUGGUCUGGUGCACGCAUGCCACCAGACGGCAGCCAUCCUGAUAUUCAUCACAGUGAUGCUGGUCUCCGGCAUUGCUGUCUCAUACUUCCCCCUGGAAACAAGUGGCCGAAAGUUGAGCGACCACAUCGCCGCAUAGAGCUGAAUAGUUUUGUGACUCGGUGGGAACACACACACAGAAUCAAGGCCCAGAGCCAGAGGCCAUUUUGUUGUCUGUUCUUUGAUAGAGGAUGCAAAUGGAAAGGAAGAGUAAAGGAGGCAUGAGAUUAUUAACUGAUUACAUUGCUUUCAAUAGAGAUGUACACUGAUUUUUGAGACAUGUUCUUGUUUUCUUAAGAUGGUGGUAGUCUGAACUUUAAA